AACAGAAGAAAAAGAUAAUAAAAGCUUAUAAAAAUGAAGCCCGCAAGUAAGAAACACUACUAGUAGUGCAUAGUUGAGAGGGACAUAAAAAUUGUACUAUUAUUGUUUCUGAGAAAAGCAAACACUGGGAUCCUAUGAAAGCUUGGGGAAAGCCUCGUUUGGGUGCUCUUUCAGGGAAAGAAGUAAACAAAGUGGUUUAAUUUGUAGCUGAAAGAGCAAAAAGCUUAAAAGAGGAGGAGAAAAAGGGUUUUGUUUCUUGUGUGUAUUUAAUUUCAUGCCAUAUUUUGGAUUCUGGAAAGUGCUUCAAUUCAUUCUCUAGAGAUAUAUGAUGAUAUGAUGACAACAACGAUGAUAUGAUGGCCGGAAACCCUACUAACUGGUGGACCAUCAUGGCAAAUGCCGGCACGGUGCAUUCUUCCUCCUCUCCCUCUUAUCAGCUCUCGCCGUCGCCGUCGUCGUCCCACCAUUUCUAUGCAACUUCCGAUUCCAUGCCGGAAAAUCCAGCCCAGGAUUUUCCACGAUCAUGGAGCCAACUCCUCCUGGGCGGUGGUGCUGAAAACGAAAAGUUUGGUAUGAGUCCUUUUCAGUACAAGAAAAUGGUGCAGGAGACUAAUUGGGAAGAUCAAAUCAAUGGGAAUAAUAACAAUAACCUAUCAUCAUCAUCUUCAACAGCUACUGGUGUUGAUGUAAUUAAGCAAGAAGAUCAUUUCACUCAAAUCGGACACCUGUACGGACACCAUCCUCCUCCUCUUCCUCUCAACGAUCAUCAUCACCAGUAUUUCCAAGAAUUUGCUUCUUCUUCGCCGCGCUCUUGCGUCACCACGGCGUUCAGGGACGGCGGCAACAAUAACAACAAUGUUCUCUUCUUCUCCGGUAACCGCAGUUGCCCUAAGCCGCCGGAGGUCGUCAAUACUCACCAUUCCUCCCAGUGUAACAGCACAAGCACUAGUAGUGGAGGGGCAGCCAAGAAGGCUAGGGUUCAUCAAUCUUCAACUCAACCAUCUCUAAAGGUGAGGAAAGAGAAGCUUGGGGAUAGAAUAACAGCUCUUCACCAACUUGUUUCCCCAUUUGGAAAGACUGACACGGCCUCCGUCUUGUCAGAAGCUAUUGGCUACAUCAGAUUCCUCCACACUCAAAUUCAGGCAUUAAGCUCCCCAUACUUGGGCAAUGCAUCAGCAGGAAGCAUGGCUCACACUCACCAACAAUCUGAAGAGGAAAACGGAGGAAGGGAUUUGAGGAGUAGAGGGUUGUGCUUGGUUCCAUUGUCAUGCACUCAACAUGUGGGUGUGGGAAGCGACUCCAUUAAUGGAGGAGGAGGAGCUGAUUACUGGGCUCCGGCUCUCGGCGGAGGCUUUUAACAUCAUUUGAUCUUAUCCAUCCAUCACUCUAAUUAUAUUGCAUGCAUGCAUCAACUGCAGCUACGUACCAGCUCGUCCCCAUCAUCAUCAGAUCAUCAUACAUAUAUAUAUAUAUAUAUAUAUCAUUUGAUGGAUAUAAUGAUGAUCAUUAUAUCAUUACAUUAUUAAUUAAUCUUGCUUAGCUUAUCAAUUCUCUGCUUAAUCAGUUAGUUGAUUAACAGUGUUUUUGGAAAAGUUUACAUAUGGAAAAGAAAAAAAAAAGGUAAUAAUUGGAGACACAGUACUACAGCUGUGGGCAGUGGUCUGAUCAAUCUCUUGUCUUUCAUCAUUCUUAAGAAUUAUAUCAUGAAAAUGAAAAUGGUCAAACCCACUUUUUGGGUGAUGUUUUCGCAA